UUUUUAUGUUUGUGAAUAUAAAAUAUAGGCAAAACGAUAUAUUUUAAAAUUUUAUCAUGUUGAUUUUUAACCGGAAUGUUAUGAUAUUAUUUUAUGUCUUAUUGUUUACAAACGUCCCUAUUUAUGCAGGAAGACAUUUUCGAAUUUUUGGUGGAAGGGAGACAUCUAUCGAGAAACAUCCAUGGAUAGUUUCACUUCAAGAUUCUCAAGGUCAUUUCUGCGGUGGAUCUCUUAUAAAUGAUAACACUGUUUUAACAGCGGCACACUGUAUUAUAGGAGAUUCUGACUCUUUCCAUGUUGUUGCUGGAACUUCUCGUUGGGCCGAUAAAGGUUCUACCUUAAAGAUCAAAAAUAUAACAAAACAUGACAAAUGGAUGACGUCUAGAUCAAAGCUUGAAUAUGAUAUAGCAAUUAUAAAGUUAGCAGAAAAAGUGAAGUUCUCCGACAAGAUUAAAACCAUACUUCUACCAGAACAAGAUACUAAAGUACCAGUAGACACAACACUUGUAGUUGCAGGCUGGGGAAAUAUUAAGGAAAAUGGACCAUUAUCAAGUAUUUUGAAGGAAACCACAGUUUCUGUUACAGAGUCGGAUAGUGAACUCUUAAUAUAUGCUGGUGAUAAAAAGUCAGGAGUUUGUUCGUGUGACUCUGGAGGACCCUUAGAACUAAAUGGUACACUAGUGGGUAUUGUAUCGUUUGGUCCAGGUUGUUUUGAAAAUAAACCUCCUGCUGGAUACACAAACGUUGCCUAUUUUCGUGGAUGGAUAAAGAAAACACUGGAAUCUUAUGAAUAAGCGGCAAUAAUGUAAAAUAUAUAUGAUUGAAUUGUAAUUAUCUAUUAAAUAUUACAUAUAAACAACCUAUUACUUUGUUAACCUUUAUUGAAAU